AUGCAUGGGCCAUUCGACGCCUUGCGCGAUGUCUUGGCGCGCUUUGACCCGAAGAAGUCCAACCUGAUCCCCACGAGUCACUUGAGGAAUGUGCUUACCAAGAUCUUGCCGGACCUGGAGUCGGACUGGGAAGUGCUCCUGCAGGAAUUCGCCGUUGGCACCUUCACAGACUACCAGGCCUUCCUGGCAUCUUUGCAGUCUGCGGUGCCGGGAGACCCCGGAGAAAGCGAAGUUCUCCGUUCCGAGCUGAAGGAGACCCGAGGGCAGUUGGAGGCCCUUCAGAGAGUCCUGCAACGGCACCCCUUGGAGUUCACUGUGGGGCAGUACAACAUCUUGGCUGGAUACAUGGGCAGCAACACGGAGCCCUGGUUCCUCUACGGGGUGGACAUUGACGAGGACAGAAGGCGGGAGAUCUUCAGGCUGCAUGGCGAGCGCCAUGCCGAUGGAAGACCUGCCAACCCAGGCUGGCCCAACUACGUCAGGGGCGUGCUGUCCGCGGAGGAGAUCGCAGCCGUGGAGGCGGUGCAUGAACGAUGCUUUGCAUGGGAGGUGCGCAAGGACCGGCUUCUGGAGCAGAUUCGAGCCAUGGACUGCGACGUGCUGAGUCUGGUGGAGUGUGACCACUACAAUGACCACUUCCGGCCAGCGCUGGCAGCUAUGGGCUACGACUCCACGUGGCGCAAACGGCCACGGCCGUCGAGUGACGAUGGCUGCUGUGUGGCGUGGCGACGGUCCCUGUUCGAGCUCGUCAAGGAGACAUCGGUGGAGUUUGUCGACAAACUUUGCCCAGUACGGCAAAAGCUGGUCAAGGACCGAAUCGCUGUCGUGGCACUGCUGGAGACCAAGCUGACAAAGCAAAAGAUCUGCUUGGUCUCGACGCACCUGCAACGAAAUCCAGAGGACCCAACUCAGGACAUGCUGCGAGCCCGGCAGGUUGGCCAGGUUCUCCGUGCCCUGGCGGACUUUGUGAACUCCUUCCCGGCCUCCUCCGGUGCUCGAGAGGCUCCCGUGGUCCUCACAGGGGACCUGAACUGCACGUCCUUCGGCCGGCUCCGCGGCAUCGCGAACACCAUCUCACUGCUCAACCAGGAGGUGCAGCUGCACCCCUUCACCUUUGAUUGCGCGGAUGCACCUACGGGUGUUACCAGCGUCACGAUGGCCAGGUGCAUGCGGAUCGACGCAAUCCUCUACCAAUCUCAAAGGCUGGAGUUGGUUGAUGUGCAGGAGAUUCCAGAUGUCUCGCCAGAACAGCCGAUCCCUAAUGAUGAGCAGCCGUCCGACCACGUGCCGAUAGUCGCUCAGUUCCGUUGCAGGUCACGGCUGCACACCAUGAAGCAAUUGGCCAGGGAGUGGUUCCUCUCCCUAGCAGGCAAGGAGGCGCAGGUGCCCCUGAAUCAACGACAGCUGGAGAACGCUUUCAAGCUCUACGACUAUGAUGGCACAGGGACUGUGUCCUACAGCAACAUGCGGAAGGUUCUCACACAGCUUUUCGGCCUUUUGCCCGAUGCAUCGGAGAAGGCACUGGAACGUAUCCCAAAUGAGCUGACGUACGCGGACUUUGUGGCAGCCUACCUGGAUGCCGUGAAGGAAGCUGGGCUGCCAGGACUUGAGGACCUGCGCGAGGCCUUCCAGCUCUUCGACCGUGACCAAAGCGGCGCCAUCGACCAGCAGGAGCUUUUGACAGCUUUUGAGCAGUGCGCCCCAGCAACUGUCCCCACAGACAAGCUGAUAGAUCUCUUCAAAGCAAUUGAUGCUAACGGUGACCAGACCAUCGAUCUGGAGGAGAUGCUCCACUUUCUGGCAAAGACCUGGGCUGACUCCUUCCGCUUGGCCAAAUGA